AUGAAGGAGUCGCCCUUCCAGACCAUGGCAGAGCGUGAGAACUUCCGGCGGGUAAGCAUGGAUUGGCACUGCGUGCUAGAGUUUGCCUCUGCCUGGGAGGACGGCCGCAUGCAUCCUGGCGUCCGGGCAGAAGCAGUCGCGCAGCAAGAGAAACAAGCGCUCCAGCGCUGGUCGGCGCUUGCGGCAGCAGACCUCAAGUCCGAGUUUAGACGGCUUGCUGGACGACCAGACGCCGAGUAUCGGGGCAAGCAGGAGGAAUGCCUCCAGGCGAUCGUGCAGCGACGACUGCGCGUGCUGGCUGUGAUGGCUACAGGUACGGGCAAGAGCAUGCUGUUCAUGCUGCCCGCGUCCGUCUCGUCAGGCGGCGUUACGAUUGUCGUUGCACCGCUCAACGCCCUGCGGGACAGUCUGCAGGGCCGCUGCGAUCAGCUAGGCAUCCCCUGCGCGAAGUGGGACGGGAGGAGGCCACCGUACUGGGCUCGCAUCGUGCUGGUGACGCCUGAGAGUGCAGUCACAAAGGCCUUUAGCAGAUUUAUCGACGAGAAGCGUAUGCUGCGACAGCUAGACCGCAUCGUGAUCGACGAAUGCCACGUGCUGCUGGAGUCGAACGCAACCUGGCGACCAGACGUCCUUAAGCUGACGGAGAUGACGGAGAAUGGCACACAGGUUAUCUACCUUACAGCAACCCUGCCACCCACGCUGCAGCCUGCCUUCCUGCAGACCGCAGGGCUUAACCUAAAGACCUUGACCAUCUGCCGCGAUGAGCGCACCACGCGGACGAACAUUGCUUACCAGGUGCUGGGCUACGAGCGUGGCACGCUAGACGGCGUGCUUACUACGCUGGUUGCAGCAAAGAGGAAGAAACACGGACCUGAAGCGCAGAUCCUUGUGUUUUGCACAAGCGUAGAGGAGACCAAGCGGCUUGCAAAGCUCCUCCAGUGCUCGGCGUACUACCGCGAGAUGGCCACCGACGACGACAAGGCGCGUAUGGUCCGCAACUUCACAUCAGGGCUGGAGAAGCUAUGCACGGCCACCGGCAUGCUCAGUCUUGGCUUGGAUGCU